GAGGCCAUGGUUACCUGAAGGACUGGCUGUGGUGGGGGGGCCUGUUAACCAUGCAGUUCUGUCCUCCUACCUCUUGGGGGAGGUGUUGAACGUAGUGGGGAAGCUCGGCUGUCUGCUCUGUGUGAUGGGAAGCAUCCUGCUGGUCAUCCACGCCCCAGAGGAACAGGAAGUGACAUCACUACAGGACAUGACGGACAAGCUGCUCAAGCCUGGUUUCCUGGUGUACGUCUCAGUUGUGUUGCUGUUGUGUGCGGUGCUCGUCUUGUAUUUCUCUCCUCGGUUCGGUCGCUCCAACAUCCUCGUCUUCAUCAGCAUCUGCUCGCUGCUCGGAGCCUUCACUGUGUCGUCUGUGAAGGGCCUCGCCAUCGCCAUCGACACCGUGUUUUAUGAUAUUUCCGUUCUCACGAGUCCGCUCCCCUGGAUCCUGCUCCUCACGCUCAUCGUCUCCAUGGUUACACAGGUGAACUACCUAAACAAGUCUCUCGACACGUUCAACACGCUGCUGGUUUACCCCAUCUACUACGUCCUCUUCACCUCCGUCGUUCUGUCCACCUCCAUCAUCCUCUUCCAGGAGUGGAGGAGCAUGACGGCCGUGGACGUGGUCACGUCGCUCGGAGCCUUCGUGGUCAUUGUGGUGGGCGUGGCCAUGCUCCACCUCUUCAAAGAGCUACAGGUGACGAUGAAGCAGCUGACCAAUCAGCUGUCUCAGCCGGUGGAGAGGGCGGGACUUGCAGAGGAGACUUUAGCCAAUGGUGGAGGAGGAGGAGGAGUUGGUGGAACAAAAGCAGGACGGAGUAAAAAGGAGGAUAAGUACGGACUGAUGGACAACAUGGUGAUUGAAAGUCUUCCUCCAAUGAGAGAGGACGGACCCAGAGUCUUCAUCAUCAGCUGAGAGAGACGCAGGGACGAUGGAGACGCAGGUUUCCUGGACUUUGUAGUUCAGUGGGCUCGGAGCUGUAGUCCUCACUCUGAAUGAUGAUGUUAGUUUUGUGCACUUUAUUUUUAAAGGUCCAGACGUCUGGUUUCACUUCACAACUCUCACACAAAACAAAUUAGAUUCAGCUGAACAUGAUGGACACAUUUUCACAAAGAGACGUCAUGUGUCCUGAGUUUCAAAGUUUAGGACACAUGAAGAACUUUCAGGGUGCGAUGAAAACUUAUCAAAUUAUUAGUUUCUCUAUUUCUUAGUUUUUCUCUCUGUUUCUGACUGUUUUUAUUGUGUAUGUGACGUUAACGAUGUUCAGUGACAUUAAACACUUUUUGUCUGUGACUCAAUUAAAUAA